AUGCAUCGAGAGGGUCGCGACCAGUCCGCUGCGGGCUCCACGCGGUCUUCUCCGGUGCUUUCGGCAGAGGCACACGGCAUCCGCUUGAAUGCCUGCGGCGGGAGUCUGCCCGGCAUUACACCUACCUAUCACCUUGAGUCGGUAGAAGCAUCCAACACCGCCGUGCCUGCUGUGUCGGAGGAGACCGCUGCGAGAACGAACACCAGUCUUAACAGGCCGAGUGACGCCUUUCUGUAUCCAAAUAACUUCGCGGGCGCCAUGACCUCGACAGCCGCCGAAGCAGCAGCAAGCGCAGCUGAGGCGUUGAGAAGGCGGCAUCAACAGGACAACACCUGUUGCACACCAGCACCGAUGGCGUUGGAGAACAACGCCAGUCCCCUCCUCCGCUCCCCUCGAUGCUAUGCCCCGCUGGCUGCGGCAAAAGAAGGGGAGAACGACCGGCUCAGCCGGACUCUGUCGGCGGCCGAGCCGCUGCUACCGCCCUCCAUCGUCGCAGUCACCGUACCGGCGCGACCUCGUUUUGUGCACACCCCUCCACCGAAAUGGCUGGCGCAGACGCUGCCGGCUUCCACGUCACGCCCGCAUGCGGAACAAAAGACGGUCAAGCCGCAUUCCUUUACAGCCGGCAAACCAUUAGCAGCAACGACAGGGAUGAUGGGUAGAGAAGGUUCCUUAACUGCUGGGCGAGACCCAUUUUUAUUGGAAGGUGCGCCUGCGCUCCGUGAACAGCAGCAGCGAUGGGCCACCCCGACGGCGAACCCGCAUCACCUGCAGCACCUGCAGCCCGUUUCUCUCGCCUCUGCCUUUGAGGAUGAGGAGGGCGAAGAGGAGGAGGAAGAGGUGACGGAGGCGUGCCAGCUGCCCCGUGUGCUGUCCACACUUUCCACCACCAGCACGGCGGACUCCGUGACCCCCAUGGUGUCUGCGCCGGCCACGCCGCACCGUCUUCGCGAACCCGGUCAUCGCUCUAUGAGCAGGGAGCAGCGACCGUUGCGAACACACCCGACUGAGGACGAAUCUAUCGUACUCGUCGAACCGCACGAUUCCGUGGACGGCCCGUGUCGCACUCGUCGCCGGGUGGAUCGGCAUCGCAAAGCAGACCAGAGUAUGCGUGCAAGUGAAGACGACGGCCCCUUGGGGAUUGGACAAGGCUCAGCCGAUUCCUUGUCCGGAAGCAGCACUGGCAGCAGCAACAGCAGCAUGUCUUCCUCGUCCGCCGUGAUGGAGGAAUUCCUCCUUCAUUUGGUGUCCGCGACGCAUAACCCUGCAGCGACGCCCUCCGAACAGAAUCAGCCGCAACCGCAGCAGCCGCGUGCGCAACCGUCGUCCACGCUGUCGGUAGUGCGGCGCGCCCCAGCGCCGGCAGGGGAGACACGCCUUUUUCUGCAAGAAGAAAAGGGAGAGCUGGAACACAGUGCUAUCCCUCAUCCAGCACCCGUCGUCGCGACAUCGCCCGGCGCUGCUUCGGCGGUGGCAACAGGAGACGAGCGGAGCGGGCCGCCCCCGUCGGCAGCAUCCAGCAUCGCGUGCACGCGACGGACGACGAUGACGGAGAAUCGCGAGGAAGGCCUUCGGACGGACUCCGUUGCCUUGACUUCAUGCAAGACAAACUCCCCUAUGAAAGUCACUGAGGCAACACCGGAGCGCAUCGUGAAGAUGAGCGCUGCGGACCGCGGUGGCUCUGAAGGCGCACUGCAAGAGGAGAAGCCGUCCACGCGGGAGGCGACCGUGACAGGAACCAACAGUAGCACCGCCAGCCGCAGCCGCGAAAACGUGAACGGCGCAACCACCAGUCUGCCCAGUCAGCAAUCUGAAUCGGACACCGCCGCCGACAGCGGUGACCAGCAGCUCAGCACCGACAUGACCAGCAGCACGGAGCUCGGCGUGGACAGUCUCUUCUACAAAAUCAUGGAAGCGAAACAACGAGAGCGGCGCCGAAAGGAGAAGUUCACCUCGAGGAUGAGCUUUCUAGCAAACCAAACCGCUUCUGCCGCCGCCGCCAUCGCUGCCGCUGCCGCUGCCACGCGGGCUCUGCCUCAGCGGUCGCUGACCACCACCACUGCCACCCUACCUCGCGCACCAGCCGUCAACCUCUUCCACGCAGGGGCGCCCUGCACAGCCGGCGCGGCACCGUCGUCGUCGUCCCUUUUCUCCCUUUCCCUCUCGUCGCCACGACCGCGACCUAACGCGAGCACCACAGCGCUCGCCGUGGCGGCACCGCAGCGCGCCUCGCCGCCGCCUGCGGAACCCUUUGGCGUCCUCUCCAUCCAGUGCCCGACACCGACCUCGUGGGAGGCCUCUCCGGCAUCACUACGCAGCAGCCCUUUUUUGCUUUGCACCGGGCAAGCCCCUGUGGGGAGGAGCGCCGUCGAGGCGCCGUUGUCGCCGUGUGAAGCUGCUGCAGAGAAGUGGCUUGUCUCGCCGCGAGUGGUGCAGAACGUUUCCUUCAGCCGUAGCACCGGCUUCGGUACCAGCGGCAGGGGCCUUUUCCAGCAAACGGCGUUGCCAGGCUCGAGCGUGCGGCGCGGGGCGGACUGCAAUGACGUCAACGCGUUGUGGUUGACCUCACACGCAGCCUCAGCCACCGCAGCUGCAGCGGCGCCGGUGGCACAAGACAAGCAGGAAAAGUUUUCGGCGUUACGUCUGUUUCCUUCCCCACUUGAUCCCCCGCUGCAACGUGUGAGCGGCGUGGACAACAACGAAGCGCUUUUUCAAGCCAUGCGUGCUGAAAGGGCGAAGGGGACGAAGCCGCCCCCGCCGUCGACCGUCACGCCGCCUUUCUGUGACUUUCUUUCCUCGUCGCCCGACUCACCGGACUCCUCGCGAUCUAUUUUAGAGUCUACCUCGCAGUCGGACACUUUCUGCCAACUGCGCACGCGCAGCCACGCACACGCCGAGCAGCAUCAGGACAGGGCGACGGGUGCGCAGUGGGUCUCGACGAUGAUCGAGGUGGAGGAGCUGCCCAGCGGGGUGCAGCGGAUUGCACCCAUGCUGGACGGCGUGACGGCUGCCAUGACAUACGCGGGAAAAGACAAGGCAUCUACUUCGCACACGUCCGCCCUCGCGGAGGAGAAGGAACAUCUACACGGACUAGCACCCGUGUGGUCUCUCUCAGUCUCUGCCGACCCGUCCAGGCGCGCCGUCGCAACGAGCCACAGCCCGCUUGACGCUGAGGAGGACUGCCCUCAUGACAGCGCUGCUGUUUCUCGUUCAUCGUCAAGAGAAACGAUGGGGGGUGUCGUGCCAAUAGAUGUAAGCCCCCUGCUCGCGCCUUUGCUUUCGCCGCCGCUGCUAUCGAUACCGCCGGUCACUUGUCCGGCAAACGCCGGGCUCGCACCUUUCGAAGGCGCGCGGGGAGCUACGAUCGGAAAGAAUGAUGCGGACGGCGGAAUGUGUGGGCGCAACGCCGCCGCUACAGCCUCGCGUGCGUCGCCGGCGGACGCUGCUGUAUCGCCACGUCGUUGGUUCGAUCCCGCAGCAAAGGCGCUCGGUGGCGACUCGCCGUUGGGACUGGAUGACACGGCCGGCGACGGAGGAGAAGAAGGAGAAGAGGAGGAAGGCGACGACACCACGGAGAGACAAGGCGGUCUCGCGUGUGCUACCACUGCUGCGGCGUCCUUUCUGGCCGAUCGGGCCCCUCCCACCCGUAACGUCGGUGUGUUGAAACUCGGAAAGGCAAGAUUCGCACCCACCUCGUCCUUUCCAGCGCCGUACACACCGGAAGUCGCUGCUGCCGCUGCGGCUUCUCCGUCGCUGAUCGACGCCUUUAGAGGACGCGUCAUCGACGCGCGAGCGUCGGCUCCCGUGCGCGCCGUCUCCACUUCUGCCGCUAUCGCCACGCCGCCUCCCUUCGCCUCGGCAGCCUUUUCACUGCCACCGGCGGUGGUUGCACCGGCUGUGUCGCGCACGACAACCAACACCACGAACGCUGCUGCAGCUGCGGUUGCUCCUCUGUCCGCCACAUCAGCUCUCCUCUCCAGUGCGGCUGCGCGGAAGGUCGAUGUGCGCUCCGCCUCCCCGGCCAUCUCAUCAUCGUCCUCAUUCUCGUCGUCGUCUUCCUCGACUUCUCCCACUGCAUCGUACGGCGCGAAUCCCCUCGAGGUUUAUCUCGACGAGGCGCCGUUCGACGUCGCUGCUCUCGCGAACAGCAGCCGCAGCAAGACGCCGCUUGCCACCACCGCCAACCCCGCCACACCGAUGAUUACGGGCGGAGCGCCGACAAGGGCGACAGUUGAUAUCACCGAGGCCCGCUCGUUUGAUGAGAGUGGCAAUGGUGGUGGUGCGCGGUACCACUGUCGUACUGCCGUUGUGCGUACCACCCCCACGGCGAGUGGCAGCGACCCACUCGGCGAUGAUGACGGGGUCUGGGUGGGCAGCGCAGUGCGCAACACGCCGCACAAGAUCGUCUCCGCAGAUUACGCCCCCGCACCACACGACGAAGACGAAGACGAGGACGAAGACGACGUGGCGACGAAAAGCGUUGGGCUUGGCCGCACCCUCACCGUCCGCCGCAGCACCGAUGACGUGGCCCAGAGCAGUUCCCAUCUCAAUCGAAUGGGCAAUGGGUCGUGCGGUGUGAGCGGCGACUUGGUGGAAGGCCAUCGCGACAUCACAGAGGCGCUGCUGGGUGACGGUCGUCUCGCUGACGUGGGCGUUGACCUGCUGGUGGCCAGCAAGUCCAAGGCGCCCUUUGCGGCCGGACAUGAAGGACAGUGGCGCGUUCAUGAUAGCAGCUUUAGCACCGCCUCUGCUGCGCUCAGCCAGCUGCCCGGGGUUGCUUCUGUAUCUGCUGCUCUCGGCAGCCGGGGUGAUGCACGACAGGCCACGACCGUCAUGCUGACGGAGAGGGCGUCGCCGGCGCGUGACGUUGCGCGUACCAGCAAGGCCGUCGCUUUCGCAAAGACUUCCACUGCGGUGGUCGUCGCACAGCCGUCGACGUCGUCUUCGCUGCACAUCGCACCCGCGUUGGCGCCAGAAGGGAAAGAUGCCCAGCAGUGCACUACGUUAAACCGAACAGCAGCGCUGCCGCCAGCGGACGGGUCAGGGCGGGGAAGGAACUCAACCAAGCAGUUUGCACUCGACCCGUCUCUCCAUCUCGUCCCUGCCGCGCCGUCAUCACGCGUUGUCGGCGCACCCACAGAGAACCCGGCAUGUCACGUCACGCCACCGGCUGAACGGCCCCGGUUUGGCGGACCACUGACAGGCACCGGCAGCGUGCGAUCCCGCGCGCGCUUCUCAAACGCGUCUCGCGCACCACGGGACGGCGCGGCAACGGCGAAGGGGUGGCCACUGCCACUACCAGCACCACCACCGCCGGCAGCGCCGCAGCGGUGCAGUCCACGGCUCACGUGCAAGCCACCGCUGCACGAGGUCAGAAGCGCGGAUGACACGGACGACCGCCAUUCGAUGUAG